AUGCCCCCAAAACCUACAUUCGUCCUCGUUCCAGGCGCAUGGCACCGGCCAGACUAUUUCGCCCAGAUCAGAGCAUACCUCUCAGACCACGGAUACCCCUCCGUGGCAGUCACGACGCCAACCGUGGGGUCAGACCCGCCGGCCACCACAAUGGACGUCGACACCGAUGCCGUCGCCGCAGCGGUGGGAGAGGUGCUGGACGCCGGUAAAGACGUGAUCUUGAUGAUGCACUCGUACGGUGGCGGGCCCGGCACGGAGGCCACGGGGAAGAUCGCCGAGGAGCUCCUCCGGGCCGGCCCGGGAGAGGGCAAAGGCAAGAUCAAGAGGCUCAUCUACGUUGCCGCAUUCAUCCCGAUUGAAGGCCAGCCUUUAGGGUCGCCGGCUUCGGUGGUCCCGGGGUUUGUGCCUGUAUAUAUAGAUGUUGGUCAGGACGGAAAUACCACCUGCAAUGAGAAGGCACUUGAGUGGAUGUACGACGGCUUGCCAGAGGAAGAGCAGCAAAAGCACUUCAAGGCACUUCUCUCACAUCCAUUGGCACCGUUCAUUGAACCACGCAAGUAUGUUGGGUGGAGGUAUGUACCGUCAACCUACGUGUACGCCGUCAAGGACAAGCCAGUUCCUCUGCAGUUCGCCGAGCACAUGGUGAAGCAGGCUCAAAAGGAGGAUGCCAGACAGGGCGGAGUCCAGGCUUUUGCAGGUGAGCUAGGGGAGGUCUACAUGGACUGUGGGCACUGUGCCAUGUUCUUGGUCCCUGAGAAGGUGAAGGAGCUAGGCAAGAUUUUAGUAGCUGCUGCGGAGGAGUCCUGA